AUGACAAGAAAGAAGCAAUUAGAAAGACCACAGUUUAGAAAAACUAAGAAAGAACAGCUGAAUUCAGAUACUGAAGAAAUACAAGAAAAAGCAGAAGAGUGGAAAAACCAGUCAAAACAACAAGUAGUCAGAGCUCAGAACGCCAAAGGCAUCAGCUACAACCAAACAGCAAUAGGAAGAUCUAAAAUACUACACAUUGGAAACAUAACAAUUGUCACCGCAAUAUCGUCUAUCUUCGUCAAUACUACAUCGUAA